AUGUAUGAGGAGCUUUUGAAUUUUUUGUUGGCAAAAAAGAAGAGACUAUUGUCUGAGGAGGAGACAGACAGGCUAAUGGAACUGAUUGCAAAGUCCAUGGGGCUCGACGAGAACUUUAGGGAGCAAACAGACAGCAAGGCAUUGAUAAAGAAGAUAUUGGAUAAUGUUGAUGUUGAAGAAGUGGAUACCUCAGAGUCUGAUAGCGUAAGAGAGGCUGUUGAUGAUUUAUUUUUUGAUGGUGAUAGUAGUGACAUGAUGCAGGCUCUGAGUGAUUCAGAGGAAGGAAGGGAUAUGAUGCUGAGCGAGAAGAAGUUCAAGCGAGGCGAGUUUAAGGGCUGCCAAGGAGAUGGAGUGAUAAACAGUGAAAAGAAGAAGAUGGUAGGGAUUAUACAGAAGAGUGAGGUUGAUGGCAAUGAUGAGAUGGCAGCUAAGGAAGCAAUGGAGGAGGUUGACGAGAUGAAAAGAGAGUUUAAGCUUCCUGGAUUUGAAGUGAACAAAGAAAAGCAGACGAAGGAUAUAGACGCUAGUAUAGAUGACCAAGAGGAGUUCUGGUUUGAUAUUGGGAAUUUGAAGAAGGUUAGAAAGUUUGGGUCUGAUGUGAAGUUUUUUGAUGAGGAAGGAAAAGAGCUGUAA